GACGAAGAGAAGAUUCCACGCUUAUGUCAGUUCUUAUCGGAGUCGUGUCGUGAUAAGGCGGCGUUUCAACCGAGGGACGCCAAAGGGACAACUUACCAUCUUUUCCUUCUGUCUAGGUCGCUUUGAGUCGUCAGAAUGCCGUCAAAACCACUCCAUAUUGCUGUCCUCGAGUGUGAUACACCGGUGGACCCUGUCAGGGAAAAGCUGCAGGGAUACGGGGAUAUCUUCGAGAGGCUGCUACAGACGGGCUUCCAGUCACUGGGGCAGGACGCUGCUGAUAUCGAGCUCAAAGUCAGCAAAUGGGAUGUAGUCAAUCAUGAGGUCUACCCGACACCAGAGGAGGUUGAUGCGUUGCUUUUGACAGGAAGCAAACAUAACUCAUUCGAAAACGACUCGUGGAUCGUCAAUCUCACAAGCUACGUCAAAGAUGUGAUCGAAAUCCACCAGAAACCGGUGGUGGGGAUCUGUUUCGGACAUCAGAUCAUCGCUCGUGCCCUCGGUUCACGAGUUGCAAGAAACACCAAGGGCUGGGAGAUCUCCGUGGAGAAGUUCGCUCUUACAGACCAGGGCAAGGAGUUGUUCGGAAAGGAUGAGCUGGCACUCCACCAAAUGCACCGCGAUAUCGUGUACGACCUGCCGCCCGAUUGCAUCAAUCUUGGCUUCAGCCCGGUGUGUGAGAUCCAAGGGUUCUAUAGACCAAAGAAGAUCAUUACUGUGCAGGCACACCCGGAGUUCACUGAAUUUAUCGUCUCCCAGAUCCUGGAGUUAAGACACGGGCAGAAGAUCUUUGACGACGCCUUGUACGAGAGCGGAAUUUCCAGGGUCGCCAAUCCGCACGAUGGACUGCUGGUCGCCUCGGCCAUCUGCAGGUUUCUGUUGGGGUUAUAGAGGCAUGGCUAGUUACGUGGUAGAAUUGACUGUUUGGAAUAUCCGUAUGCGUUCAUCUGACCAGAAUAAUAACGCGCUACGCUGCUUAAACGUCGAAAUCUCGUUCCGCGCUGCGCGCUCUCCUCCAAGCAUCUUCUAAGCGCGCUGUCUAUCGGGGAGGGGCCGACAUCGCCAGCUUUGCUCCACUCCAACAGGAGGGGUGUUGGUUGCAGACAAUAAGAACUGGCUAGGUUAGCAAUUGAGAAAGAAGAGGGGG